AUGCAACCCUCUGUGGCAGCCCUGCGAGCCGUCCAGCCUAAAGGGCCGCUGAGCUUCCAGUCCCUGCCCGCACCGCUGCGGCCAUUGGUCCGGGCCUAUCUCCUGGGCUAUGCCUCUGCCGUGGCGCCUCGCCUGUUGACGCUGAUCCUCCAGUUCAUCUCCAAGAGGCGCAAGAGCGCGAGGAAAUACCUGUCCGCCGACAAAGAUGAGCGGUCCUUUAAGGAUUCUGCGUUUCGAAUCUUACGCACCGGCCUGGAUCCGCGACGGUUUCCCACCUUUUGUGCUGCGUUGGUGGGGGGUUCUACGUUACUACAGGAACCUCUGCUCAAGAUCAUCAGCCGUGUUGCCACCCAGCUUGGUGCGGCUUCACAACUCAGACUCGCACGAUGGCUGGCUACUUUCAUAUCGGGAUGGCUCAGCCUCCAGCUCUUACAGUCUAAGCGGACUCACCCUUCAUUGACAGAAGCGGGUUUAGCAUCGGUCCAGCAAGGUCUGGCCGAAGCCGUUCCCAACGGUUAUGGCGGUCGGACGCUUGACCUCACUCUCUUUGCUGUCACUCGCGCUGCCGAUGUCCUCGUUGGCGAGCUGUGGUCUCAGCACCGCGGCCGCCGCAAGGCUACGGAAAAGUGGACGGUGAUUGAGCAAAUCAUUUCACGUAUGACGGACCCGGCCGUGUUUGCUGCCUCGUCGGGCCUCAUCAUGUGGGCGUGGUUCUACUCACCAGACAGCCUUCCUCGCAGCUACAACAAGUGGAUCACAUCUGCCGCCUCUGUCGACCUACGACUCAUCGAAGCUCUGCGGCGAUGCAGAAACGGCGAGCUCAUCUACGGCAAGGAGACUGGCCAGGCACCACUGCUGACGGCCAUGUGCGAAGACUACGGCCUGCCAACAGAAUGGGGUGACCCCGUUACAGAAAUCCCUUUCCCCUGCGGCCUCGUCCAUAUGGGGUGUGGCCCAUCAUGUGAAUAUCAUGCUAUAAGCCGCUUCCUUCGUUCGUGGAAGUGGUCGAUGCUCACCUACCUGCCCCUUGCCCUGGCCCUUCAGCUGCGGAAUCCCAAGCGGAUCGACCUGAUGAAGGCCAUCACCGGCUCUACCCGAUCAUCCACUUUUCUUGCUACCUUCAUCACCCUCUUCUACUACGGCGUGUGCCUAGGCCGCACUCGCCUCGGCCCCCGCAUCCUCGGCAAGGAUAUACCUUCCCGCCAGUGGAUCGAUGGAGGGCUCUGCGUCGGCACCGGAUGCUACCUUUGCGGCUGGAGCGUCUUCAUCGAGAAUGCGGGCAGAAGGAAAGACAUGGCCUUGUUCGUGGCGCCAAGGGCGUUGGCGACGCUGGUCCCGCGUCGGUAUCCCCUGGAGAAGCAGUGGCGGGAGAAGUUGAUAUUUGCGGCGAGCACGGCAGUUGUAUUUACAUGUGCUCUCGAGAAUCCGAAAAGAGUUAGAGGCGUAAUGGGAGGGUUGUUGAGCAUGGUAAUGAGGAAAUAAAAUAAAAAAUAAAGGAUACAGGAGCCUAUGGGGUUUUAUCAUACUGGACUCUGAGAUGUGCAUACGAUAUUCUUUUCUCUUUUUUUCUUUUGUUCAGCAUCUCUUUUUUGGGAUAUUUACAUUUAGAUGAGGUGCACAAGCAAAUUGUUUGUUAAUGGUUGUAUGGAUGAUAUUAAUUUUUCUAUUUUUGUAUUAUAAUGAGAAAGAACAACUCAGAACUUCCUUCAUGCUCAUGAUUCGUUUCCCGUAAACGAUGCUUCACUAAAAAAAAGACAACACUGAGCUACUUCAUCCAAGCCACCAAGAGACAACCCCGAGCACAAAAAUGCAAGUCAGAAUAUCCGUCCUCACAGUCGUAAAGAUCUGGAUGUAACGCUGCCCAAUCUCAAUGUACCCCCGAUACGGCUGCGGCAAGUACGAAAUAGCCGUCGCGAUAAACCCCGUAGCAUUGGUACUCUUCUUGUCGAGGAACAGCCUCGUCGACAACAGCAAGACCUCGGC